AUGUUGUAUUUACUUUUAAACAUAGCUUUUGCAAAUAUAUUAGAUAAUGUUUUUGCUAACUUUGAUGCCCCAUAUGUUCAUAUACCAAAUGAUUUUCAUGUUGUAUUAGGCACAUAAAGAACAAGUAGUCCAAAUACAUUGAGUGUAGAUUAUUCUACAAAAUUUACAAGUUCUCACAUUAUAUUAUCAGUUGAUAAAAUUGGAGAAGUUGCUAAUGCUUAUGUCAAUCUUACUACAAAUAAGGUAUAUUUAAAUUAUUAUCAUUCAUUUCCACCUUAAAUGAAAUGUUAAAUAUUCAAUGGUCCCAAUAUUUCUAAUAAAUUGUAGCUACAAUCUGGAAAUAAUGCAUUUAUAUUAGAGCCUGAUGUUGUUUUUCAUUUGAUGAGUCUCUAUAUGGGUACUGGAGAUGAUGAUCUAGCAAGAUUUGAAAUAAGUUCACUUUUAUAAGGAAAAAACAAAGCAUAUGCAUUAUUCGAUAAAUAAGGAAAUCUAGAUUCUAUAGAAAUAGAUUUGGAAUCUAAAAGAUAAAUAAAAUUCUAUGUGAUAGAGGAUUUAGUUGAAAAGAAGUUUUCUAAAGAGGAUUUUCAAGUGCCUUGGGAAUGUCAAGAAUCAGAUGUAAAUUUGAGUGAUAUUAUUGAAAAAUUGAUGUUAUUAUUAAAGUGAAAUAAAAUGAAUAUUAGUACAAAAACUAUGAAAUCUCUGUAAUAAAGUACUUACAAACAUCAAAUAUUGUCUGAUGUAUUCUCUGAUAUCAACUUCUAUAAAUACCGCAGUUAAUCAAAUACUGAUUAAUAUACACCCCUAAAGGGAUUUCAGAUUGUUAAAUUAAGAGGUCCUUCUCGAUUAUCAGUCUAAUAAUCAUAAUAAUCUAUUAAGAGUGUUAAGAGUAUUAAAAAAAGAAAUAAUUCUCAAAGCAAUGUCAGAUUUGAUCUUUUCAAACAUGUUAUGGAAAUGGAUGAUAGUGAAAUGCAUGAAAAACUUAUGAAUCUUUUUGAAAUUGAUCUAAAAAUGCGAAAGAAUUUAGAAAUAAACAGAAUGAUAGUAUAAGAUAAAUAAUAAACAUCAGCAUAAUUGGAUGAGAUAUAUUAAGACAUAUUAUUAAUGUUAAGUAAUACUAUCGAAAGAAUACAUCAAUAUAUUAAUGCAAAUAAUCUCGAACGUUCAAACUUAAAAAAGGCACAUCGUAGAACUGCCAUUGAAAUUGAACAUUAAUUACAAGAAUUCAUCAAUAUGAUGUUAACUGCUAUUGCACAAAGAGAUAUGACUUUGGCAAGAUUAAUUGAAAAUGCUUGGAAAUUAAUAUCUGUUGCAAUAGAAAUGAUAUUAUAAAAUGGGAAAGCAGAAUAAGAAUAUAUUCAAUAAGAAGUAUUAAAUGAAUUAUAAUAAGAAGUUGUAUAAUUAAAAUAAGAGAAUGAAGAUAUAUAUCAUAAAUAUAUGGAAGUCUCUGAAUUAAAUAAUAAAUUAACUCAUUAACAUAAAUAAGAAAUCAAUAAUCUAACUUAUUAAUUAAAUAUGGCAAAAGUUGAAUUUAAUGAUUAUAAAUAAAAUUAAGAAGCAUAAAGUACUUUAGAAAAUGCUACUGGAAGUCUAAAAGAUGUAGAAUUAAAUCUAAAAGAUACUCAUAAGAUAUUAAAUAAAAUUGAAGAGAAUAUUAGUAAUAGAGAUACAUAAUUAUAUUAAACAUUAAAGUCUGUUGUGUAAUAACAUAAAAUGGAUAAGGAUAGUUAAAUGAAUAAAGCAUAGAAGUUAAUAAAUAGAUAUUAAUUAAAAUCAUUAAAUACUAAACAAUGUAUAAUUGCUUCAGAAUAUUUCAAUCAUCCAUUUGUAUAGUAUUUAGAUAUUAAUUUUGAAUUAAAAUAAUAGGAUGAAAAAUUUCUAUAAUAAUUACUUAUUGAUUGGUUUAAUUAAGAAUGUGGAAAACCUUAAUUUGGUACUCAUCCAGCUUAAUAGAGAUUAGAAUAAAUAAGUUCUUAUGAAAGAAGAAGUAAUGCAGAAAGUUUUAUAAAUUUUUUAAUUAAAAAUGAUAAUCUUAAUUAAUUAUAAAAUUGUAUUGCUUAUAUAAGUUAAAAUUUGGAAAUGGGUGAUCUAAAUUAAUUAAAUAAAAUGGAUAAAUUUAAUAGAUAAUUAUGUAUAUUUUUUGGUGCAAUAUUUUAAUUUGAUAUAACCAAUAUUGAAAUUGAUUUAUUGACUUAUGAUCGGAUUAGAUUUUUAUAUUCAGGUCUUAUGUAAGGAAAUUAAGAAGAAUAAAUAUAAAAUUAAAAUAAAUUCUAAUGGUAUAAUUUUGUUGUUUAAAAUUUGAGUGAUUUAUGUGCAUCAAUUUUUAUGGAUUAUUCAGAAAAAGUAUCAAAUUCAUAAUAAACAAUUGUUUAAAUCUUAGUUUAUAUUAUGUAAAGUGAAAGUGAUAAACGAAAGCAUUAAUUAAAGAAAUUAAUUGAGGAUUUCAAAACUGUAGAUAUUGAAUUAAAUUUAUAAAGAGAAAGAAUGUAUAAAUUUGUCAAAGAAUUAUGUUCAUUCUAUAAUUAUUAAUACAAUGAAUUAAAUGUAAUGCAAUAUGCAUAAGCUUUAUUUGAUCGUUAUAUUCGAGUAUAUCAAACUGGAAGAAAGCGAAAUGGUUUAGAGAUUGGAGAAUGGAUUAGUUUUAUUUAAGAAUUAUAGUAAAUAUUGAAUAAAAUGAUAUUAAUUAAACCCCAUUUACAUCAUUAAAUAUUUAUGCUUGAAGAUCUACAAUAUGUUAAUAAGGAAUUUUAAGUGAAUACUAGAAAUUCAUAAAUUGAAAGACGAGAAUCUUAAAUAAGAAAAAAAUGA